CAUUGGCCGCCGCAGGCGGGGAUUGGCGGUCUCCUGGGUGACGGAAGGCGCUUGGGGCGUCUGAGGCGGGAGGUGGGUCCGCCCCCUAUUGUGUCGCGGGAAGAGUGGAGCUGAGCCGCGCGCGGAGCAGAUCUGGCGGUGCUCCAGAGAACAGCUUCAUCAGGUGUUAACGUGAGCCAAGCCCUAACCAGAAGAGUGGGAGCCGAAACCUGUUACCUAAUCAGAAGGACUGACAGCUUGCUGGGCUGUGGACAUCCCCGGGCCCGUCUACCUGGGCCCCUGUGGAUAGGGGGCGCUGGGUGAGCAGGCAGCUGGGCUAUGGUUUGGUGCCUCAGUCUAGCCAUCCUCAGCCUGAUCAUCAGCCAAGGGGCUGACGGUCGAGGGAAGUCUGAGGUGGUAUCAGUGGUGGGCCGGGCUGGGGAGAGUGCUGUGUUGGGCUGUGACCUGCUGCCCUCGGCUGGCCGACCCCCCCUGCACGUCAUUGAGUGGCUACGCUUUGGGUUCCUGCUUCCCAUCUUCAUCCAGUUUGGCCUCUACUCUCCCCGAGUGGACCCUGAUUACGUGGGGCGAGUCCGGCUGCAGAAGGGGGCAUCUCUCCAGAUUGAGGGGCUCCGGGCAGAAGACCAGGGCUGGUAUGAGUGUCGUGUGCUUUUCCUGGACCAGCACAGCCCUGAAGAUGAUUCUGCUAAUGGCUCCUGGGUGCACCUCACAGUCAAUUCACCCCCUCAAUUCCUGGAGACACCUCCGCAGGUGCUGGAAGUUCAGGAAUUAGAGGCCUUGACCUUGCGUUGUGUGGCCCGCGGUAGCCCCCAGCCUCAUGUGACUUGGAAGCUCCGAGGACAGGACCUUGGCCAGGGCCAGGGCCAGAUGCAGGUGCAGAAUGGGACGCUGUGGAUCCGCCAAGUGGAGCGAGGCAGCUCGGGGAUCUACACCUGCCAAGCCUCCAGCACUGAGGGCAGUGCCACCCACGCCACCCAGCUGCUGGUGCUAGGACCCCCAGUCAUCAUGGUACCCCCUAAGAACAGCACUGUCAAUGCCUCCCAGGAUAUUUCCUUGGCCUGCCGGGCUGAGGCGUACCCUGCUAACCUCACCUAUAGCUGGUUCCAGGACAGCAUCAAUGUCUUCCACAUUAGCCGCCUACAGUCACGAGUGCAGAUCUUGGUGGAUGGGAGCCUGUGGCUACAGUCUGCCCAGCCUGAUGAUGCUGGCCGCUACACCUGUGUGCCCAGCAACGGCCUCCUACACCCACCCUCAGCCUCUGCCUACCUCACUGUGCUCUACCCAGCCCAGGUGACAGCAAUGCCUCCUGAGACACCCCUGCCCAUAGGCAUGCGAGGGGUGAUCCGGUGCCCAGUUCGUGCCAACCCACCACUGCUCUUUGUCAGUUGGACCAAGGAUGGGAAGGCCUUGCAGCUGGACAAGUUCCCUGGCUGGUCCCAGGGCCCAGAAGGCUCACUGGUCAUUGCCCUGGGAAAUGAGGACGCUCUAGGAGAAUACUCCUGCACCCCCUACAACAGUCUUGGCACUGCAGGGCCCUCCCCAGUGACCCGAGUGCUGCUCAAGUCCCCCCCAGCUUUUUUAGAACGGCCUAAGGAAGAAUAUUUCCAAGAAGUAGGGCGGGAGCUACUCAUCCCCUGUUCUGCCCGCGGAGACCCUCCUCCUACUGUCUCUUGGGCCAAGGUGGGCCAUGGGCUGCAGAGCCAGGCCCAGGUGGACAGCAACAGUAGCCUCAUCCUGCGACCCUUGACCAAGGAGGCCCAUGGACGCUGGGAGUGCACCGCCAGCAAUGCUGUAGCCAAAGUGGCCACCUCCACGAAUGUCUACGUGCUGGGCACCAGCCCCCAUGUUGUCACCAAUGUGUCCGUGGUGCCUUUGCCCAAGAGUGCCAAUGUCUCCUGGGAGCCUGGCUUUGAUGGUGGUUAUCUGCAGAGAUUCAGCAUCUGGUAUACCCCAUUGGCCAAGCGUCCUGACCGAGCCCACCAUGAUUGGGUGUCCCUGGCGGUGCCCAUGGGGGCUGCUCACCUCCUUGUGCCAGGGUUGCAGCCCCACACCCAGUACCAGUUCAGCGUCCUAGCUCAGAACAAGCUGGGAAGUGGGCCGUUCAGCAAGAUUGUCCUGUCUGUCCCUGAAGGGCUUCCUACCACACCAGCUGUCCCCGGGCUUCCCCUGACAGAGAUGCUGCCUCCUCUGUCCUCUCCCCGAGGUCUGGUUGCAAUUAGGACACCCCGGGGGGUACUCUUACAUUGGGAUCCCCCAGAACUGGUCCCUAAGAAACUGGAUGGCUACAUCCUGGAGGGCCGACAAGGCUCCCAGACCUGGGAGGUGCUGGACCAGGCCGUGGCAGGCACAGAAAUGCAGCUGCUGGUGCCAGGUCUCAUUAAGGAUGUUCUCUACGAGUUCCGCCUUGUGGCCUUGGCUGGUGGCUAUGUCAGUGAUCCCAGCAAUGUAGCCAAUGUCUCCACUUCUGGCCUGGAGGUCUACCCAUCUCGCACCCAAUUGCCAGGCCUCUUGCCACAGCCCGUGCUGGCUGGAGUGCUGGGCGGGCUCUGCUUUCUGGGAGUGGCUGUUCUUGUGAGCAUCCUGGCUGCUUGUGUCACUAACCAGCGUAGGGCCGCCCGACGCCGCCGCAAGCGCCUUCGCCAAGAUCCACCACUUAUCUUCUCUCCGCCCCAGUUAUCAGCUCUACUCUCUGUUCCAGGUUCAAGCAGUCCUGAUAGUGUGGCCAAGCUGAAGCCCCAGGCUUCCCCAGUUCCCAGCCUGCACCAGAGUCUGCUCUGCAGGGAGCCCCCUGGAUCCCCCAGCUCCCCUCUGGAGGAUCCUCCUAGCCGGGGGCCCUUGCCCCUGGAGCCCAUUUGCCGGGGACCAGAUGGGCGCUUUGUGAUGGGACCCAGCAUGGUGACCCCCCAAGAAAGGUCAGGCCCUGAGCAGGCCAAACCUCAGACCCCGUCCCAGCGUCAGGCCAGGUUGUAUGACUGCAGCAGCAGCAGCCCUAGUGGGCUGCCCCAGCCCCUCUGCAUUGUAGACAUAAGCCCUGUGGGGCUCCACCCUGCAGCUCCACCAAGUCCUCUGUCAGGUCCAGGACCCCUGCUCCAGUACCUGAGCCUGCCCUUCUUCCGGGAGAUGAAUGUGGAUGGGGACUGGCCCCCUUUCGAGGAGCCCAGUCCUGUUCCACCCCUAGAUUACAUGGACACCCAGCCCUGCCCCACUUCAUCUUUCCUUCAACCCUUGGACUCCUCCUCCGGGUCCCCCAGGGCCGUACUUUCUGGGGCCAUGGUCAGGGCUGGGGCCGCUCCUGAACCCCCAUACACAGCACUAGCUGACUGGACAUUGAGGGAACGGCUGCUGCCAAGCCUUCUCCCUGCCGCCCCUCGGGGCAGCCUCACCAGCCAGAGCAGUGGGCGGGGCAGCGCUUCGUUCCUGCGGCCCCCCUCCACAGCCCCCUCAGCAGGAGGCAGCUACCUCAGUCCCGCUAUUCUGGGAGAUAGCAGCAGCUGGGCCAGUGGCCCUGAGAGAUGGCCCCGAAGGGAGCACGUGGUAACAGUCAGCAAGAGGAGGAACACAUCUGUGGAUGAGAACUAUGAAUGGGAUUCAGAAUUCCCUGGGGACAUGGAAUUGCUUGAGAGUCUGCACCUGGACUUGGCUGGCCCUCGACCCCGACCUGAAGCUGAGCCAGAGCUAGGUGAAAAGACUCCAGAGGAGUGCUGCCUCUUGAACACUGCCCAUGCUCCUGACCCUGAGGCCCGCUGUGCUGCCCUUCGGGAGGAAUUCCUGGCCUUCCGCCGCCGCCGAGAUGCCACUAGGUCCCAGCUACCAGCCUAUCGACAGCCAGUCCCCCACCCUGAACAGGCCACUCUGCUGUGAACGCCUUAAUGUGAGGCAGGGUGAAGGCACACGGACCCUGCAAAGGAAGUCCCAACAAGACCUAGCUCCAGCCUGGCAAACUGCUCCUGCCCCUUUGGGGCCCAGGCAUAGAUCCUGAUGGUGGGCAUGGUGUGGGAUGUAUAUGCUGAGCCCCUCUAGUUUGGGGAUUGGAACAGGCUUGCUAGGUCUGCUGGGGUGUGUGUGUGUGUGUGUGUGUGUGUGUGUGUGUGUGUGUGUGGUGUUGGUGGUGGUGUUGGUGAGGCUUUUUUACAGGUGAAUUAAAAAAAAUCUGGAAAAUG